CGGUAUCAUAGCCGGGAGCACUUUCAUGGUUUCAACUAAUUGGAAAAGUAGACUGGUAGAGUGCCUUUGAGAAAUGGCGCGACUCGCCUCCGGCCCUCAUCUCCGAUAACAUGGUUCAUAUCGGGAGUUUUUGAUAAAAACGAAGGAUAAAUCUGUCUUAUUAACUGUUUAUUUAAUUAUUUAUUGGACAGAAAAUGUUUAUUUAUUUUUCCCGCUAUGAAUUGAAAACUUUUGUCCUCACACGUUAUUCGUCAGUACAGUUUAUUUGGCGAAAAUGCCCCUCAUGAAGACAAUCUGCUGUGUCCUCUUCUCCAGUACUCACCAGUCACAAACUACUGCCACAUAGAACUCCAAGCAGAGCUUCAUCCACACCAGAAAAUUAGGGUUUAUUAGAAAUUAAUUAUUUUCUUAUUAUUUUUCCCGUAAGUUUGCAAUGAACUGUCCUGAAAACCGUCAAUCAUGUCAGAAUUUGUGUAAAGUUUCUCUGUCGAUCUGUUUGUAAUCCGUUUCUGUGGAAAUUCUUUAACUUAUUCAUGGCUUGGGGUUUGGACUUGAGUCCUUUUGUUGGUUUUCGUUCGGGACUUCCAUUUCCUCGUUCUUCCUUGUCUUCUUCUACUUCCAUUUCUGUAUUUCGAUGGCCAGACAGUGGCUCCCGUCGUCGGAGCGAGGGCCGGAAGUCUAAUUCCGGCAGUUGCAAAGCGAUGGUUGAACAGACAUUACAGGGAGCUUCUGCCAUGUAUGCGAAAGAGAUGGAAAGGCUCUCUGCUAAGGAAUCGCUACUUCUUGCUUUUAAAGACUCUGGGGGCCUUGAAUCCCUGGUCUCCGGAAAGGUGACAGAUAUGCAGCGGAUUGAUGUGAAUGAGAGGAUCACUGGUCUUGAGCGUCUUAAUCCAACACCCCGACCUACAACGUCCCCCUUUCUGGAAGGAAGAUGGAACUUUGAAUGGCUUGGGGCUGGUAGCCCAGGAAUAUUUGCUGCAAAAUUUAUUUUUGAGAGAUUUCCCUCAACUAUAGCAGAUUUAUUAGGUAUGGAUGUGUUUAUCAAAGAUGGCUAUUCAAAGACUACAGCAAACAUGAAGCUCUUGAACUCGAUAGACAGCAAAUUCAUUCUGACGACCAAGUUAUCUGUAGAAGGACCACUUCGAAUGAAAGAAGAAUAUAUUGAUGGAGUUCUUGAAACACCCAAGGUUAGUGAAGAGGCGGUGCCAGAACAGCUAAAAGGUGCAUUUAGCCAAGUAGUCAGCACAAUGCAGCAACUUCCUGUUCCUAUAAAGGAUUUAGUGGCUAAUGGGCUGAAAGUUCCACUGAGUGGGACUUUCCAGAGACUCUUUAUGAUUUCUUAUCUUGAUGAGGAAAUACUUAUAAUUAGAGAUACAACCGGAGCACCAGAUGUUCUAACAAGGUUGGAGGGGCCUCCAGCUCCCAUUACAGACUCCAUCUCAGAGUACGAGAGCUGAUUGCAGUAAAUAAAAUAAUCAAGAUUCCUCUUAUUUGUAUUACAACGGAAUCUUCUCUUUACUUGAGUUUCAACUUUCAAGGUGUCCUUGUAUCUCUUAUCUAUAAAAUGUCGCUUGAGCCAUUAAUUCAUGAGAUGGUUUUGUUUA